UAUCCAACUUCUUAGCAGCGUCUGAAAAUUCCAUCGAGCCCACGUCAAUCUCCCUAUAUUUAUAACUUCAUUUCAUUCCUUAUUUUUACCAUCAAACUAUAAUUGUCAAGCCAAUUGUUAGUAAACUAAACAUGGGAACAAACAGCUGGUCUUUGCUCAGCCGCCUGAAAAUGGCCGUUAAGAAGGUGAAAGUAUUGUUGAACUUCAACUUAAAUCGAUGGCGUAUUGCUUCGAUGAUCGGUGCUUCUUCAAGCAACCGUUUGUUCAGCUUUAACGACCAUCCGGGCUUGAGGGCAUGCACCGUAGACGAUAUGGAGUCGUCGUGGGACGAGACGAGUUCAAUUUCGAGGUCAGGAUCCCUUCACAGAACGAUAAGUUACCCUUCGGAUCAGGAUGUUAUUGACAAGAGAGCUGAGAUGUUUAUUGCUAAUUUUCAUAAACAGCUUCAGAUUGAGAGACAGAUCUCUUUGGAGCUUCGUUACUGUAGAGGAAAUAGCUUUGGAUCUUCUGUUUCUCCUUGAGGGUUGGAGUAGAGUUUCUGUGAAGAAGCCUAUAUUUUUUUUCUGAGAGGUUUUCUAUUACAGAUUUAAUUAAUUGUACAAAGUUUUUUAUUUUUGAAUUUUCAAAUGAUUUUCUAUAUUGGAAUGUGAUUUUUUGUAUUUUAAUUAUUUUAUCUUGUGUUGGAUUGUAUUUGAAUUUUCCUUCGUUUGUUUGUUUAUUCUUUGAUUUAUUUGUAUAAUGUAAAUAAUGAAAAUAUUUAAUUGUUAUUUAUAGCGUUACAUAAUGUGACAAUUAGUGCAUAAUGUAAGGAAUAUUUUUAUUAAA